UGAAACAGAGUCUGGCUCAGUAGCCCAGGCUGGGCUUAAAUUUGGGAUCCUUCUGCCUCAGCCUCUCUAGUCCCAGGGCUCCAGGCUACUCAGGCCUGCAAACACCUCCUUGACAUUCUUCACCCCACUGUCCCCAGGCCCUACCCCUUGCCUACUCUUUUCUUCUGGGGCCCCCUUUCCUGCCGAGCCGGCCCAAGGGUUCGCCUUGGUCUCCUCUCUUCCUCUGGGCUGCCAUGUUCCCCUGAGCCUCCCAGGAGGGGGCUCAGGGGGUCCCGAUGGCCUCCUGCCCCCCACAGCCCGGCAGCCCCCACGCAGGGGAGGAGCCCGGGAAGCCGCAGCGCCCAGGAUGGGCAACCGCUCGUGGGAGGGCUGCCACGUGGACUCGCGCGUGGACCACCUCUUCCCGCCCUCCCUCUACAUCUUCGUCAUCGGCGUGGGGCUGCCCACCAACUGCCUGGCCCUGUGGGCCGCCUACCGCCAGGUGCGGCAGCGCAACGAGCUGGGCGUCUACCUGAUGAACCUGAGCGUGGCCGACCUGCUGUACAUCUGCACCCUGCCGCUCUGGGUCGACUACUUCCUGCACCACGACAACUGGAUCCACGGGCCGGGCUCCUGCAAGCUCUUCGGCUUCAUCUUCUACACCAACAUCUACAUCAGCAUCGCCUUCCUGUGCUGCAUCUCUGUGGACCGCUACCUGGCCGUGGCCCACCCGCUGCGCUUCGCCCGCCUGCGCCGCGUCAAGACGGCCGUGGCCGUGAGCUCCGUGGUCUGGGCCACGGAGCUGGGUGCCAAUUCGGCGCCCCUGUUCCAUGAUGAGCUCUUCCGAGACCGCUACAACCACACCUUCUGCUUCGAGAAGUUCCCCAUGGAGGGCUGGGUGGCCUGGAUGAACCUCUACCGCGUCUUCGUGGGCUUCCUCUUCCCCUGGGCGCUCAUGCUGCUGUGCUACCGCGGCAUCCUGCGGGCCGUGCGGGGCAGCGUGUCCACCGAGCGCCAGGAGAAGGCCAAGAUCAAGCGGCUGGCGCUCAGCCUCAUCGCCAUCGUGCUGGUCUGCUUCGCGCCCUACCACGUGCUGCUGCUCUCCCGCAGCGCCGUCUACCUGGGCCGCCCCUGGGACUGCGGCUUCGAGGAGCGCGUCUUCUCCGCCUACCACAGCUCUCUGGCCUUCACCAGCCUCAACUGCGUGGCCGACCCCAUCCUGUACUGCCUGGUCAACGAGGGCGCCCGCAGCGACGUGGCCAAGGCCCUGCACAACCUGCUGCGCUUCCUGGCCAGUGACAAGCCCCAGGAGAUGGCCAACGCGUCCCUCACGCUGGAGACCCCGCUCACUUCCAAGAGAAGCAGCGUGGCCAAGGGCCCAGCGGGCAGCUGGGUGGUGGCCGCCCCCUCCCAGGGGGACCAGGUGCCGCUCAAGGUGCUGCUGCCGGCGCAGUGACCCCACGCUCAGACCUGUGCCAAGGUCUCUUCCCCAGGUCUGCUGUGUGCAAACUGCACGUACAUAGGCUGGGCUUGAUGUUCGUAAGAAUGUAAUAGAACGAGCGUAAGGUGACACGUCACGUCACCCACCUCCUCCACGUGACCCCCUAACAGUUCAGUUUAACUGUCCCCAGCCGUGAGCUGGGUGAUGUGAGUGACAUACUGUCCUGGUGGACUCCCAGGCCCUGCUGCUGUUCUGGGUCACAGAGGGCUUCCUGGAGGACAGGACGAGUUCACGAAGUCAAAGAUUUGGUUUGUAGAAGGUAAAGACAAAAAGAAAGGUUUCUUUCCAACAGGGGAGUAAAAGCUAUGACUCCAGCACAGGUGGGAAAGAAACAUCACUGAGUGUGGUCAUGACGUCUGCCCUCGGGAUGUCCCUUGGAUAUGGGGGAGAGGGUGACGGACAGACAGAUUCUGAGAUGCUGUAUCAACAGUGUUCCAUAAGUAGGAGCCGAGGAAGAGGAGGGAGAGUGUCAGAAACCAAGUGAAAAGCAAUCAGAGGGCUGGGGAUUUAGCUCAGCGGCACAGCACCUGCCUAGCAAGCAUGAGGUUGUGAGUUCGAUUCCCGGUACCAGAAGAAAACCAAAAAAAAGAAAAAAGAAAAGCAAUCAGAGCAGACUUCUUGGAGGAGGCUCAGGACAAGAGGAAGAAUGUUCGUUCAUUCAUUCAUUCGAGACUUAGGCCCGGCCUGUGCUGACAGAGGCUUAGGAUAUAGAAUGAACAUGACAGUCCUGGUCCGGCUCUCAUGGGGUUCAGGAAAAACAAGUGAAAAAGCAAAUCUGAGCUGGGUGUGGUUGUACAUACUCAGUCUCAGCUCUUUGGGAAGCUGAGGCA